AUGAAAUUAAGUUUAAUUCUUACUUUGUUUUUUGCUUCUGUGGCAAAUUCUUAUCUGCUUCCAACGCCGGGAAGCGGUGAUUGCGGCAUUUCUUCUUCUACUGAUGAUUUUGUUGGUCGAAAAGAAACUAACCUUGACGAAUUUCCAUGGUUGGCACUGUUGGGAUAUAAAAAUAAAAAUGAUGACUCUCUAAAAUUUCUUUGCAUUGGAGCUCUUAUCAACUCUCGUUAUGUUCUGACAACAGCUGCUUGUGUUUUACUUCGUAAUUCAAAUUUGUCAGUUGUUCGGCUUGGAGAAUGGGAUCUUGAUGCAACAAACGAUUGUGACUCCACGGGUUGCACUGAUGCCAUUCAAGAAAUCCCCGUGGAAGAAGUAAUUAAACAUUCAGAAUACAAACUUAGUCGUAAAGCACCAAAGCAUAAUAAUAUUGCUCUUUUGCGAUUAGAGACACCUGUGAAGCUAAAUAAAUUCGUGAAACCUCUUUGUUUGCCGAUGAAAAAUCAAACUGACGAAGCAUCGAAUUUCAUCUUUGCCGGAUGGAGCCUACCCGGGUUUUUUCAAGAUCGUCUUAGUAAAAAGUCAAAAAUUAAACUUAAAAUCGUCGAUCAAGAAACAUGCAAGCAGAGCAAUGAAAAAUUUUCACUAGAAAUUAUGGAAAGUCAAUUUUGUGCUGUGGGAGAGACAUCUGGUAUAGAUACUUGCGGUGGAGAUGGCGGCGGGCCAUUAGUGGCAUUGCGUGAUGAUGGAAAGGGCGGAAAAUAUUACUAUGCGGCUGGAUUAGUGAGUUACGGAACAAAAAUUUGCGGUGAUCCUAAAACUCUCGGCGUUUAUACACGAGUUUCGAGUUUUCUUGAUUGGAUUGAGGAGAAUGUCAAAGAAUAAAAUCAUGUCAUCCACAAAAAUUCUUCAAAUAUUAACUCAAAUUUAAGUUUUUUUUCUAAAAAUUAAUAAAUUCGUCAAGAAAAUA